AAUUUUUUCAAAUGUUAUCAACUUUCUGUGAAUUACCAAAGAAAUUAUAAAAAAAGUUUGUAUGCAAAAAAAAAGAACUAAUCCAAACAAUACAUAUAGAUAUACAACUUUAAGCAUAAAAUCAAGAAUAUUUCACAUAGAAAUCAAUCAAUAAAAUGAGCAAAAAUAGUAAAUUUAAAAAUAAAUGUCGUACAUGUUUGAAUGGCACGAAAGGACUGCAAUUAUUAACAAAAAUUAUAAACGAUGAUGAAGAAGAAACAAAAACUUAUGCUGAAGUAGUAAAGGAUAUAACACAUAUUGAUGUGAUGGAUGAAAGCUGUAGUGAAAUGCCGAAAAAUAUCUGUGGCUACUGCAUACGAAAACUGAAAGCUGCCUAUUCGUUUGUACAACAAGCCCAUGAAGCCAAUGAUAAACUAUGGUCCAUACUAAAUGAAUCUGAUCUGGAUGAUAAACCAAUAAAUUGUUUGCAAGAGGCACAGAUAGAUAUACAAGAUUGUUUAGAAAUAAAAAUGGAGGAUGAAGAUGAAAAUGGAGAAAAUAAGCACGAUUUAACAAAAUUGCAGGAAGAGUUGAAAAAAGAAGAGCCAGAAGAAGGUUUGGGAGAGUUUAAAACUGCCAUAGACAAAUUAGCCAUAACAAAAAAAGAAAGCAAGGAAAGCAUUCCCGACAAAGAUGUACUCGAAACCAAAACUUUAUCUGAGUGUGAAGAUGAUUUUGAUGCGGAUGAUAAAUUUGAUGCAGAUUUUUCCAAACCAGAUGAGGGUAUGUCAGACAGUGAUAGUGAGUCUAUAUCCUCAAACGAUUCAGAAUGGGCUGAAGAAACUAAAACUAAGGAGACCACUAAUGAUAAGGCAAAAACUCCAGUGAAAAAAAGAACUAGAAAAGUAAAAGAAACCAAUUUAGAUGAUAAUAUACCCACUACCUGCGAACAAUGUGAUAGAGUAUUUCCCAAUGCUAGUCAAUUGAAAAGACACAAGCGUAUUACUCAUGUUCCGGAGGAGUUAAAGGUGCAAUGUCCCUAUUGUGCAGGCAAAUUUGGACGGCGUCACAAUAUGUAUGCCCACAUGAGAAUACAUCACAAGGACAAACCCAUAGAGGAGCAUAUAAUACAACAAAGAAAGCUGCCAAGACAAUACGCCUGUGAAAAAUGUGAUGGCACCUACACGACUAAGUACUAUCUAUUGGCUCAUAUGAAAUCGAAACAUGAUCCCGAUGCCCAGAAAAAGCCACAAAGAGUAUUAUUGCCCAAAAAACGUUUCCUCUGCACAUUGUGUGGUGGCAAGUUUGAUACACAAUAUUAUCUCGAGGUACAUAUACGGCGUCACACUGGUGAAAAGCCUUUUAAAUGUGACAUUUGUGAUCGUGCUUUCUACAGGCCAUCGGAUGUACAAGCUCAUCGUCGAUCGCACACCGGCGAGAGACCAUUUAAAUGCACCAUUUGUGACAAAGGUUUUGCCAGAUCGAACAAAUUAAAAGUUCACAUACGUACACAUUCCAAUGAACGUCCCUAUAAGUGUGAUGAAUGCGAAAAGGCCUUUAAGCAAUCAAAAGAUUUAACCAUACACAGACGUAUACAUACGGGUGAAAGACCAUAUGUAUGUGGGGUGUGUCACAGUACUUUCACGCAAAGUAAUUCAUUAAAACUUCAUCAAACGAAACAGCAACAUUUUGUAGUACCGCCGCCACAACCUCCACCACCAGCACCAGUAGAAAAUAAUUUUACGCCAUUUGUAAAAUCAGUAUAAGAUGUAUAAUAAUUGUGGAAAUAAUAAAGAUAUAACAUAGUCGAAUAAUCUAAA